UACUUAAUGUUUCAAAAAAGGAAAGUCUUAAAAUUAAAGCAGAAGUUUUUUCAGCAGAACGGAGUCAUUCUAAGACAACAACUCUCCACAGAAGAAGACUCAUCUCAGACCACUACAAUUUUCAGUGCAGAACAACUUAAGAAAGCCACCAACAAUUUUGAUGAGAGCUUAGUCAUUGGUAAAGGAGGUUAUGGUACAGUUUUCAAAGGAGUUCUCUCAAAUAACAAAGUUGUAGCUAUCAAAAAGUCCAAAAUAGUGGAUAAGAGCCAGGUGGAACAAUUCAUCAAUGAGGUCAUUAUACUGUCACAGAUUAAUCACAGGAAUGUGGUCAAACUCUUUGGAUGUUGUCUGGAAACAGAAGUUCCUUUACUAGUCUAUGAAUUCGUUAACAAUGGCACCCUUUUUGAUUAUUUACAUAAGAAAGGUCAGGGAGUAAAUGUGUCGUGGAAAACACGUCUAAGGAUGGCUACAGAAGCAGCUGCAGCUCUAUCAUAUUUGCACUCAGCAGCUUCCAUACCCAUCAUCCACAGAGAUGUGAAGACUGCUAACAUACUCUUAGAUGACACUUACACUGCCAAAGUUUCUGACUUUGGAGCUUCAAGAUUGGUUCCACUUGACCAAACUGAAAUAGCCACAAUUGUGCAAGGAACCUUUGGGUAUUUAGACCCAGAAUACAUGCAAUCAAGCCAGUUGACUGAAAAGAGUGAUGUCUAUAGCUUUGGGGUGGUUCUUGUAGAGUUGCUAACGGGGGAGAAACCUUUCUCUUUUGACAGGGCAGAAGGGAAACGAAGUCUUACAGUUCACUUUUUGUGUAGCUUGAAAGAGGAUCGUGUGUUUGAUGUUAUUCAGGUGGGACUUUUGGAUGAAGAAAACCAGCAGGAGAUUAUGCAGGUUGCUAUUCUUGCUGCCAGAUGCUUGAGACUUAUAGGGGAGGAAAGGCCUAGCAUGAAGGAAGUGACAAUGGAACUGGAGGGAUUAAAGCUUGUGAAGAAACACCCUUGGAUCAAUAGGCAAAAAUUUUAAUGAGAGUCAAUACUUACUUUGUGAAACACAAAGCUCUUAUGCAUGGUGACACUAUUGGCCAGCAGAAUACUGAAUAUGAGAGAACAUGAAUUAAUUGACUUCGGUAAUGGAAGAUGAUCAACGCACAAGGCACAACAUAGAAAGUUAUGAUUCUUCUAAUUGGCUUUUGCACGAGAAUGGGCAAAUUUGCCUCUUAUAUUAUCAAAAUAGGCAAAGUCAAACAAAUUUACGUAAAUGGGAAAGUCGUGGGGGACCCAAACGACUUCAAAUGAAGAAGUCGUGCCCCCCUGCACGACUUCACACUGUAGAUUACUACAGUGCUGAAGUCAUGCACCCCAAAAACGACUUCAGAGGACUGUAAUCGAUUACAGUGUGCUGGUAAUCGAUUACAACGUGUUGAAAUCGUGGUCACCCAGCACGACUUCAAGUUUAAUGGGAAAAACGCACUGGUAAUCGAUUACGGCAGGUGUGUAAUCGAUUACCAGGUUGUUUUUGGUGGAAGAUUGACACUGGUAAGCGAUUACAGGGUCGUUGUAAUCGAUUACCAGUGUGUUUUUGGUUGGUUUAUGAAAUUUUGUAUUGUAAUUGUGGUGGAUAUG